CACACUUGCCUGUCGGCCACGAGCCACGAAUUGCGGAUUCAUAAGCAGUUGCGAAUUGGUGUAGCUCGUAGCGACGCUCAACACGGCGGGACUCUGACCCAACCACCAGCCCAACAGCUCCCAACGAGCAGUUCUACAGCACAACGCACACACUCUUGCUCUACCUCACGAUCCGCGCAUUCAAAGACAGACCUCACCUCCACCGCGUCUAUCAACAACAGACGGAUUCCUGCUGGGCGACCGAUUCCAAACCGCACUGUACGAGACGAUCAUAUCGAAGGCGGACAUCAUGGUUAUUGGAACGGUAGCUGGAUGGGCCGGAGCUGGCUUCUUGACCAGGUGCUGGGCUUUGGCUAUUCAGAAGAGAAACAUCUUUGAUGGUCUUGGUGGUCACGCAGCCUUCAUGGGCGCCUUUGGAGCGAUUGGAUAUUGGGCUUAUGGGCUCGAAGAUCGUCAAUUGGAAUUGAUCAAGCAAAAGAAGGAACAGAUUUUGAGAAACAGGGAGAAUUUGGCUGCAAAGCUUAGCGGCGGUGGAGCUCAGGAGGAGGAAUGAUGGCCUAAAAGGCGAAGCAAAGGAUUGCAAAGAGCGUCGACGAGGGUCAAAGCUCGUAUGCAAAGUCUUGAGCUUAUAUCCGGUCUCAUACAGCGUCGGGAUACGAGGAUUCUACACGCAAUACAUCAGUCAUACUCGCUUCUUCGCGGUUAGCACACGCGAUGCGACGCUCAGGGAUGAUUCGAUGGCUAAGCAUUUGGCGGGACCUUCGUACAUGAGAGCGACACAUCAUGCAGCAAGCUUGGGCU